AUGACCGCACCCCUGUUGGAUGAAGUCGAUACUGUUAUGCAUAAUUACUUCGAGGCACUUAAUUCCAAAGAUGAAGACAUUUUUAGGCUGUACGAGGACAACAAACGGAUGCGUACACUCGUGCAAGACACCCUCAAAGCUCGUGAGGACUUAGAAGCACAUAGUAGAAGUCAAGCAGUUCUUACCUUGUCACUGAAGACCGAACUCCACGAAAAAAAAUGCCUUAUUGAGGCGCAAGACGAUGAAAUCAGUACACUACGCGAAGGCAUUGCGGAGUUGAAUGUGCUGUUCAACAGCCCGUCAGAGCUGAGCACUAGCCCUCAAGAUAUCGUUUUGAAAGUGAAGGAUGUUGUAAAGCAGCACGAUUAUCUGCAAGCUGCGUUGAACGCGACAAAUGAUCACCUUAAUCGGUGUUAUCGAACUGCACUCCUGUUUCUAAUCGAUGAGGAGGCACGUGUUCGCCGUGAGAUGGAGGAUGCAGCUCAGCAGUUCUUUUGUUCUUCUAUCUUCUGGCUCUGUCGUCAGCAAGCCGAAACUAUUAGCUACCUAGAAGCCGAUAUAAAUCGACAGCGGUGCGCAGUCGAACACGAACGUGCGGAUUUUACUGAACAGCUCCAGUUGAUCUCCAAACGUUUAGAACUUGAUACCACAAGAAAUACUUUACGAACUGAAGGAAUGAACACUAAGCUUGCUGAGAUGGACCGGCACUUGUGUGUCAUGCAGCUAAAACUGAUGGAAGAGCAGGAACGGGGUGUGAUUGCUCUAGAAAGCAUGAUAGACUUGGUCAGGGAUGUGUGGGGGCCGUGGUGCGUGGUGAUCGAGCGCUACCGCCGCCAUGAGUUUGUGGAACGGCAGACAUUAGGGAAGAAAGCUACUGACCUCAGUGCUCAACUUCAUUCGCUUCAAAAGGAACACGCUAACACCACUGGGGCUUUGGAAAGCAUCCAACUCACGUAUCGUCGACAUCAAAAGCACGGGCUGAAGCUGGAGGAAAAGGUGCGGGAACUCGAUGUCUAUCGCAAUGAUCUACAGGAGUUACGACUAAAGCACGAGAAGGCUAUUGAACGGUUUCGUAAGACAGAACAACGAUACCAAAAAAACACACUGAACGCCACUGAAGCUUUACAGGAGAGUGAUAAACAACUCGAUGAGGCCACAAAGAAGUCCGACCGCUUAACCCAGCAGAAUGGUUUUCUUUACAAGGAUGUCAAAACACUUGAAAAACGCCUUGAGGGGCUCACAAAGCACGCGCAAAAUCUCGAAGCUCAGUGUCAACAGCUCAAAAAGGAAAAGCAAGUCGAGAUCGGUGAAAAUGAAGCAAAAGUAUCGUCGAUGGAAAAUGAGAUCCAGAAGAUGCGGCGGGAGUACGAGGGGCGCUUGGCAGAAGACAAGGUUGCGUUUCAAGACCAACUCAAGGAACUCGAGUCAGAACGUGAUCACUGGAAAGGACUUUUGGAUCAAUCUAAGUGCAAUCAAACAGAACAACAAAAGCGCUUCGCAACGGAGAUCGGUGAAUGGGCCAGCCUUUCGGAAGUGCUAAAAGCGCAACUCGUUGAAGCGCGUGCCCAACUUGAGAAGGAGUCGACGGCACGGAAGGUUCUAGAGAACAGUAGGCGUACCGAGUCUGAGCUUCUCUCCAGGCUCAUUGCGAACUCCUCAAAUAAUACGUCGAUGGCAUCCCCGGAGAAAUUUGGGGAAUUAACAAACAGCAGCUUUUCUUUAAAUCACUACUCCCACGCCAACUCUGUCCCCGCUGCUCUCGUCGGUAAUGAUGGGAAUGAAUUAUCGAGCGAAUUGACGCGGGCGCUGGAGAGCGAGAAACUGCUUCGGCAUCAAGUACAAGUACUCGAGCAGAGCUGUCGUCGGAGCACCACGGUUAUUUCGGAGCUACGUGAAGCGUUGUUUCGUGAACGUAUUAGGCGCGAUCAACACCAGAGAUGA